AUCUUGCUGUCCCUGCUUUUCCCUAAACAUCAGAAAAGGUUAUGCUUUGCACCUACUUUGAGGUUUGUAUCUUUUAAGGUGGUGUUAGUUGAAAUUACCAGCGCAAGGUUUUUUUUGUUAUCACUAGAGCUAAGAACACAAGAAGAAGUUUCUGUACAUGUUACAUAAGUCUAUAAACUUGACUACUCCCACAUCACCCGCGACGAGGAAACCAUGACUGUCACCAGCGCGUCCUCCUCGUCUGCGCGUGCGGCGACGCAGCGAGCUGUCUACCAUUGGGGACCUAGCGAAACUUCAUGGUACUCGAGAUGGAAGAAGAUGUCGCCACCGAAGCGGAUUAUGACGCUAUCGGGAGACGAAUCCGCACGAUGCUUGUCGCUUGGGAAAGAGCAUGGGGGUUUUCUUGUGACGCCUUCGUCGAGCAGCACGGGUGUUAAGGAUAGUAAUAUCGGAGUAGAUGUAUUCUCGAGGUGGAAAACUGCUCUGGUCAAAAUUUUCAAAAUGGCAAAAACAGGUUUAUAGUUUUUUUUUCGUACUAGUACCUAGGAAAGAAAAAUAUGAAAGGCCACACCAGUCAGGGCCUGCUCAUGCUCUCAAGGAUGCGAACAAGCGUUUCCUCUAAUUUCAGAGACUUGUUUACAUUCGGAAAGAGCCAGUAUCCUGUUUUAGGUCGAAAGGCGGAGGGAGAGGACAAGCUGGAACCAAAGAAGGUAUUCAUUCUUAUGAACGAGUGGAGUAUCCUCUAGAGCUAAAAGCCAGUCCGUCUUUCGACUGACUCGAGUUCAUUAUUUCCAUACAGCGCACGGGUCUCGACCAGCAGGAAAACCUUGAUUUUGUACCACCUCAUUUCCAGGUUCCUUAUGAGGGAAAGCUCCGGGACUUCUCUUGUGGCGGCUUUCACUCGGCAGCAGUCGACGAAGAAGCAAGGUUGUGCACAUGUUAUGGCUUCGAAUUACAAAUGGUUUGUACGAACGAUUAAAUGUGGAGAUGAUGAAUGAAUAUUCCGUUGACACGGCUGGUUCUUACCUUCCCUGGUCACAAUCGAUAACAAUUGAUGAUAGAUAACAAUUGAUAACAAUCUUGCAGAAUCUACUCAUAACUACUGGGUUGUCGAUUUCAUGACUUCAUCUUACUUGGGUUGGCCAUCACAGCUCAAAACUAUAACGAAAGAACCAAUCUUCUGCGAUGAGUACACGGGUCAUCAAUCCAUUCUAAAUCUUGGGUUGGCAUGGAAGUUUCUUAGGUGGUGCGAAUGCCUUGGGGUUCGAAGCAGCUGCAGACGUAUCAGAACCAACCAGAGUUCCAUUACCGGAUGGGGAGAAAGUGAAACAGGUAAAAAUGAUACAUGAAAUAUUAUUGGCUCUGCAGUUGGCUCUUUUUUUAGUCGCGUUGCUUGUUACAUGAUUCUCACUAACAAGUAAUGCGCGACUCGCGAGUGAUCGUGCAAUCCUCGUGGUACCUGCUAUGAUUUCACGACGAGUGUUGAUGUAUUAGGUAAUCUAUUCUAAAUAAUCUUAGGCACUAAUCAAAAAAUUCUAAAUAAUCUAUUCUAAAUAAUCUAUUCUAAAUAAUCUAUUCUAAAUAAUCUUAGGCACUACAAAAAACAUCCAGGUCGUCUGCGGAGAACGACACACAGUUGUACUCGCACAAAGUGGCAAAGUGUUUACUACUGGAUCUGGGGAGUAUGGGCUUCUAGGUCUCGGUGACGUGAGUGAUAGCACUGAGCUGGAACUAGUAGAUUAAGGGUAGUUUUUGAUCACUAUCCCGUGUGUAGUUUAAUAUCACUAUCCCGUGUGGACUUGGACUAGAUGUCACUAUCCCGUGUGGACUUGGACUAUGCUGAGUAGUUGUGUUUACGCGUUUAUUACUAGUUGUAUGGGGUAUUAAACCGUGUGGACUUAGACUAUGCUGAGUUGUGUUUAAGUACGUUUAUUACUAGUUGUAUGGGGACGCAAAUUUGGUAAUCUAGCACCUAAAGGACAACCCGGACAUCUUCAUUUACAUACUAUCCCAUGUGGACUAUGCUGAGUUGUGUACGGGCAAAGCGGGCAGCCCACGCGACUCGGGAUAGUGAAAAACUACUACCUCUAAGUAGAGCACUAUCCGGACUCAGUGUUUCAGACGCAUAUAGGCGCUGACGAGAUAGUCAAAGUGUCCGUCGGACUGCAUCACUCUUAUGGCGUUGUUUGAGGUAAAAUACUUGUGUAGUAAUUGAUGACUCGCAGAUAUUGCAAAAUGGCAAAGCACUGCAGAGUAUCGUUUUUACCAAAAUAGACAUGACAGCGUGAUGACUACACAUGCAUGCACAUUGUUUACCUUAAUUCAGCCGCGGAUACUCUCUGGAUAGAAUUAUGUCAUUCUCUAACCCCAAGCAGCUUUGACAGCCAAAGGCGAGCUAUUCUGCUGGGGUCAGAACGAUCAGGGACAGUGUGGCGUAGACGAAAGCAUGGGGGAUAAUUUCUCCUUUGAGCCUUUCCCGAGACUAGUCUUAUGGCAGAGAAUAGUGAUUAGAAGUAAGUCCGAGUCACAAUCUAUCACUACGUCCAUUUUCACAGUUAUCCCUUAAUUCGACUGUACCUGCUGGAAGUAGACGUUGCUAUCUAGUACUACGUACUUCGAGGGAUGCUCUACUUCUAAUCUCGCGAUCACUGGCUACGCAAGGUUUUGUAGUCAGAGACGUUGCCUGUGGUGACACGCAUACAGAUGUGGUGACGACCUGUGGCAAAGUGAUCACAUGGGGAAAUCGCGCAUGGCUAUCGCCACACCGGAUUUCAAGAUCAGCUGAAGCAGAGAAAGACGCCGAUCAGAAAACCCACAAAAUUAUGGUCAUCGAUUUCGAUUUCAUGCUACAGAAGAAUGGGAUUUGUUUUACUCCGUUGAGCUUGAGUGUCAUCAAGAAUUCACAUGUUGACAACGAGAGAGAUCGUCUCAGAUACUCAAUUUUAGCAUCUGUAAAAUCGAACUUCUGAAUCGACAUCUAUCUAAGCACUACCUCUGUCUUCUCUGCUGUAGAAAUUUCAUUCUUCUCUGCUGUAGAAAUUUCAUUCUUCUAACUCUCCACCUCCAUCAGAAGCAGACAAUGACGAGAUAUUUGCGGAGGAUAGAGACGAGGUCACCAAAUUAGCAGGUGGAGCACGAUUUUCCCUCCUCUUGACCAAAAACGGCUCUCUCUUCGCCUACGGACGACAGAGCGGAUGCUUACCAAAAGACUUGGUCCAGCCUACGAGGAUACUGCCAGAAUGAUAUGGAUGCGAAUGAAUCUGUUGACUGCCUAUCUUGAUACAUUUUGAUUACCUCUGAGAUCAUGAUCAUGUAGGGGGGAAGUGAUGUAACAAAAAAAAAUGAUCGCAGUUUCAUUGGAAUAAGACAAUGUCAAAGUUAGUGGGAACAGACACUGACAACUAGAAGGUAAAGGGACAGUGCCAACGAGUCUUUCUAAAAAACGGGUACGGGCACCAAUGAUGGCAGCAACACUGCUGCACGUGUACUUGACGUAGCCGCGAGUCGUGAGGGCUGUCUUGUGCUGGUGGAGGAAACGGUGGACUAAACCUUACGCUGGAGGAACGCAGCGGAUUAAAGAUUCAGCAUCAAAAGAGAAAGCAUAGAUACUUGAUGCUAGUCUAUCUUUGUAAAAAAAACCAUAUUGCUUCUUGAUGGAAAGUAGGAACACCACACGUGGAUGCGCAUGGUGUCAAGAUGGGGCUUUUCAAGUGCCCUGGUCGCUCAAGGUCCCUAGAAGGAGCGCGAACAAUUUAGCAGAAGUCUAGUUGUUUGACAGAAAAAAUCCUGUGUCAAAAAAGCGAAAACGUCGAAAAACCUACUGAAAAAAUAACUGUAGUUGUUAUCGCAUAGUCUUUGACUCGUCGAGCUCGAG